UGGCUGGGUUCCAUUUCCUAGCCUGUCAAACAUUUUGGGUGCUGACCCACCUGGAACGGGUGCCCAGCAGUCACGAGUCCCCCUGGCAGGCUCGCUCAGCUCGGGCCCUGCCAUCUCCACCUCCCACAUCACAUUCCAAGCCUGCGCCGGCCUCCUCAGGCCUCUCCUCUCCUCUCCCGCUCUGCUCAGGGUCUGGAUUGGUGCCCCGGGCAGCGCCCACAGAGGGGGACACCGGGGUGACCCGCUGUGCUGUGUAUCACAGGCUCCAGAAGACAGACUGCGGGGACAGACACGUGAAGAGACAGAGACAAGUGCAAAGAGACGCAGAGAGAGAGACAAGAGAGAGAGAGAGACAGGGACGUGGAGAUAAGUUAGAGAAAGAGAGAGCACAGAGCACGGACCCAGACAAUUACUCCAGCCCCCGCCCAGACACCCCGGAGCACCCGCCUAUAUGCCCAGCAGAUACCCCACCUGGCCCGUCCUCCCAGGUGAGCCCCCAGCUGAGCUGCUCGGUGUCUGAGUGACAGGUCCCCCAAGUUUGUUGAGCACCAGAGCACCGAGAAUGGCCCAAGUCCUGCACGUACCGGCCGCCUUCCCAGGGACCCCCGGCCCGGCCUCCCCACCCGCCUUCCCGCCCAGGGACCCCGACCCACCCUACUCCGUGGAGACGCCCUACGGCUACCGGCUGGACCUGGAUUUCCUCAAGUACGUGGAUGACAUCGAGAAGGGCCACACGCUGCGCCGGGUGCCCGUCCAGCGUCGAACACGCCUGGGCUCGCUGCCCAGGGGCCCAGGCUCGUGGUGGACGUCCACGGAGUCGCUCUGCUCCAACGCCAGCGCCGACAGUCGCCACUCGGCCUACUCCUACUGCGGCCGGGGCUUCUACCCGCAGUACGGCGCCCUGGAGACGCGCGCUGGUGGCUUCAACCCGCGAGUGGAACGCACCUUGCUGGACGCCCGCCGCCGGCUCGAGGCCCAGGCGGCCGCACCCCCGAGCCUGGGCUCCUCCUCGCUCACCCCCAGUGCCGCGGGCUCCACCAGCUCCUUGGUGGGCGUGGGGCUGCCGCCCCCCACCCCGAGGGGCUCGGGCCUGUCCACACCCGUGGCCCCCAGCGCCGGCCACCUGGCCCACGUCCGCGAGCAGAUGGCCGGGGCCCUGCGGAAGCUGCGGCAGCUGGAGGAGCAGGUGAAGCUCAUCCCCGUGCUGCAGGUGAAGCUCUCCGUGCUCCAGGAGGAGAAGCGGCAGCUCACGGUGCAGCUCAAGAGCCAGAAGUUUCUGGGUCACCCCGCGGGCGGCCGGGCCCGGGCCGAGCUCUGCCUGGACCUGCCUGAAGCCGCCCCCGAGGGGACGGGGCCCCCCGAGACCCGCAGCGUGGCUACGUGGGUGCGUGAGCGGGACCUGGGCCUGCCCGAUGGCGAGGCCGCCCUGGCCGCCAAGGUGGCCGUGCUGGAGACGCAGCUCCAGAAGGCGCUGCGGGAACUGCAGGCGGCCCAGGCCCAGGCCCGGGGCCGGCCCGACGGCCCCGUCCCCGCGGACACCGUGCGGGUAGUGGAGGGGCCGCGCGAGGUGGAGGUGGCGGCCAGCACCGCGGCCGGGACCCCCGCGCAGCGCGCGCACAGCCUGGCGCCCUACGGGGCCGGGCUGCGGGCCCUCGCCUCCGCCUCCGUGGGAGCUUCUGUCGCCGCUUCUACCGAGAGUUCGGGCGUGUUCAGCAGCCGGGAGGUGGUGGAGACCACCCUGCCCCUGCCCACCUCCCCCGUGACCCCCGGCAACGUGCAUGUGGUGAAGAAAAUCAGCAUCACGGAGCGGCGCUGUUGCCCCGGGGAGGCAGGUUCCCCCCCGGAGCCCUCAGAAUCCUCCGCAUCCUUUCCAGCCUCUGUGGCUCCCCUGGACAGCACAGCCCAGGGUCCUCCCCAGGACACCGCCUCCAGGGAGCCCAUCAGGCAAGCAGCCUCCAGCGAGUCUGAAACACCUCGAGGUCCAGCUGGUGAGCCCCAAGCUAUGGCAGUGAAGUCCAUCAUGAAGUGUACCGAGGAGCCAGCAGACCCCACAACCCGUCGGAGGAGCCUCCAGUUUGUGGGGGUCAAUGGCGGGUAUGAGUCUUCCUCCGAGGGCUCCAGCACCACCGAGAAUGUCUCCGACGAGAGCACUGAAGGCGAGGCCCCCGAGCAAGCAGUGGCAGCAGGGGCCAGGAGUAGCGGCCAGGGGUCCCAGGCGUGUGCGCCCCUGACCUCCAGUGAGGGGGUGUCUGCAUCGCACACAGAGGAUGAUAUUCGGAUGGAACUGAGCCCCGAGCUCAUCUCCGCCUGCCUGGCCCUGGAAAAGCACAUCAACACCCCCACGGCACUCACGGAGCGGGAGCUGAAAGCGGCCAGGGACACGGUGCUGCAGGAGUGGAUGCACCUGGCCUGCCACCGAGACGCGCACCCCGAGCUGGUGAGGCGCCACCUGGUGACCUUCAGGGCCAUGUCGGCGUCACUGCUGGACCUCGUGGUCAACCUGCCUGACGGCCAUGGCAACACGGCGCUGCACCACUGCGUGUCCCUCGGCAACUUCCCUGUGGCACGCCAGCUGCUGGCCAGCGGUGUGUGCCAGGUGGACCGGCAGAACCACGCGGGCUACAGCCCCCUCAUGCUCACGGCGCUGGCCACGCUGAGGACUCAGGAGGACGUGGACACAGUCCUGCAGCUCUUCCGGCUCGGUGACGUCAACGCCAAGGCCAGCCAGGCCGGGCAGACGGCGCUGAUGCUGGCGGUGAGUCACGGACGGGCCGACGUGGUGCGGGCGCUGCUGGCCUGCGGUGCCGACGUGAACCUGCAGGACCUGGAUGGCUCCACUGCCCUGAUGUGCGCCUGCGAACAUGGGCGCCCUGACAUCGCAGAGCUGCUGCUGGCCGUGCCCGGUUGCGACCUCGGCCUCACCGACCGUGAUGGAAGCACCGCGCUCAGGGUGGCCCUGGAUGCUGGGCAGGGCGAGAUCGCGGCCCUGCUCUACGCCCGCAUGAACGGCAAAUGCUCGUUUGCCCCGAAGGCCAAUGAGGACAGCGCAGGCCGGGCCGCCUCCUCUUCAUCUGCGGGGGACUAGUCUUCGGGGAUGCCCCCAGCCCGCCCCCAGCCCCCUCCCCUCAUCCCUACCUUCUCCGGGCUCCACCCAUGUGUGCCCCCUUUGCACAUCAGGCCCAGGAAGCCUUGGAGUGCCUGGGGUUGGGGUCUUGCCAGGCGGAGCCCCUCCCCCAGGGAAGCUGCCUUGUACCCCACUUGCCAAACAGCCGCCUAUGGGGAUCCUCCUUGGGGUUCCAGAAAAGUCUGGAGAAGAUUCAACCAGCAAUUAUGCGCGGAGGGGUCCCCUGGGAGGGGAAAGUCCGGGGCCUGCUGCAUCAUUGUGGGGAGGGUGCCGUCGACUGGUUUUAUUUGACCCUCUCUGAGCCCCCAGUUUGAUAUUAAUACCAGGAUCCCA